GUUCCGUAAGACUAUCUAGAGAGACCGAACCGUGCUGUGCGACUCCACGCGGAUGUCGCAGCAGUGUUUUCGUUUCUAAAGUGUAAGGUGUUUCGGUGUAUAAUGCGAAUAAUGCCGGGUGAAAUUUGCGUUUUUCUUUACGAAUAGUGCGAAUAUGUGUUUUUCGAUGUGUUUUGUUGAUUAAUAUCGCGAGAUUACCGAAGAGUUUCCGCGUUAGUAACAUUUUGUUGGAUACGAGAAUUGCGAGAUAAAACGCGAUGUUGACGCCGGGCAGUGAUUCCGAGUCGAAAAGGUGCACUUUUUCUUUCGACGAAUCUUUCUACUGCAAAUAUUCUGAAGAUCACGAUGAUUUUGGAAAAGACGACGAUACGCAAGAGAGAGAGGAAUAUGGUGAAUUUGAGCAGAAAGCUAAUGGAGUAUUAUGCAUCGAAGCAGGAAUAGGCCAGCUUAGUAUUAAUAACCAAAGUCCUCCAAAUUUAGCCGAGCAAGCCGUCCAGAAUAAACCAGGCAAAGAAUGCGAACAAGCUGGAUGGUUUGGCGGAUUAUUAGGAUGCCUUAGUCCUUUUUGUAUGUUCGUCGGAAAAGUUACUUCGGCUGAGGUGAAAAGCCACUUACAAAAUGACGAAUGGGAAAUCGCAUUUGAAUCAAUCAGCGACUUACAAUGGCUAGGUUCAGGUGCACAAGGGGCUGUGUUCAGUGGAAAAUAUAAAAACACCACAGUCGCCGUAAAAAAGGUCCGAGAUCAAAAAGAGACUGAUAUUAAACACCUACGAAAAUUAAAUCAUCCUAAUAUCGUUCAGUUCAAAGGAGUAUGUACGCAAGCACCUUGUUAUUGUAUUGUGAUGGAAUAUUGUCCUUAUGGCCCGCUAUAUAAUUUAUUAAAAGACGGAGAAGAAAUACCUCCGAUUAGAUUUGUUUCGUGGGCCAAACAAAUUGCCUCCGGUAUGAAUUAUUUGCAUAACAACAAAAUUAUUCAUCGAGAUCUCAAAAGUCCAAACGUUCUAAUCGGCCAGAAUGAAAUCGUUAAAAUUAGCGACUUCGGCACCUGUCGCGAAUGGAAUGAAAUCAGCACAAAGAUGAGUUUCGCCGGAACAGUUGCGUGGAUGGCGCCGGAAAUUAUCCGUAAUGAACCAUGCUCAGAAAAAGUUGACAUUUGGUCUUACGGUGUCGUAUUAUGGGAACUGUUGACUUGCGAAGCACCAUACAAAGAUGUUGAUUCUUCAGCCAUUAUUUGGGGUGUUGGCAGUAACUCGUUGCAUUUACCAAUACCAUCUUCUUUACCGGAUGGUUUUAAAUUAUUGAUAACUCAAUGUUGGAAUCCAAAACCUCGUAAUAGGCCUUCUUUUAAGCACAUAUUAAUCCAUUUGGAUAUCGCUUCUCAGACUGUAUUAAGCAAACCGUCCGAAGAAUAUUUUAAAAUUCAGGCUGUUUGGAAAGAAGAAAUCAGAAUCAGGAUGUUACAUAUUCAAUCUAGUGAUAGUAAUGUGAUAAAAUUCGAAGAUGAUCUCAUUAAGAAACGCGAAGUUGAGCUAAAACACGCUCACGAUAUUCGAGAGCACUAUGAACGAAAGUUAGCUCGAGCCAAUGAGCUAUACAACGAAUUGAGCAGCGCCAUAUUCGAAAUUGAACAAAAAAAGCGUGAUUUAAUGAGGCGAGAAAAACAAUCGUCCAAAUUGUACCGUAAACGCAGCACUCGUUCAUCUGGUAAAGGCCAAGACAGAACAAACAAAUUUAAUCGCAACGAAAUCGCAGCACCAUGCGAAGCUAGUCUAGAAAUGGCCAAGAGACCAGACAGAACAAACGCCAACAGAUUUUAUAAGAACGAGGCAUUUUCAUCUUUUUCGCUAAAUGAUGCUAGUCCUGAAUCUUUAUCUGAUAUAAACUCUAAAGUACAGUUAUACGCUCAACUGACUAACGCAAACCGUCCCGAAUCAAUUAUAUUAUCAAAAUCAAAAAAGCUGCGUUAUUAUAAAAAGAGCCAAGCAUCGCCGAAGCACAGCAUACGCCGUAAAACUCUAUACGAAAAUAAUAAUUACCAACAUAAGAACAAAGUGAGCACGGAAACUCAAACUGAAACCUUAUCCGCGAACUGCAAUAUCCGUGCCGAAGAAGUCAAUAAUACGCGAUGCGUGAUGAAAACCGAUCACGAAGACUACCUCAAUGGGAAUUUACCUUCUACGACAAACAAAGUUUUGUAAAUUGUAACUAUUAUCCAAUUAUGAAUCAUUUUCACGAAUGUUUUCACAUUCGUGUGCGCUUCUUUAGUGACAUAAAAAUUUCAAUGGCCCUAAUUUAUUGUACCUACCAGUUAGCUGAGACUUUGCAAUAAUUUCUCAAAACCCCAGUAUUUUGUCGAGGUAGAGCGAUACUACUUAAUUAGUAAAACUUUCUAGAAUAUGUAUUAGAUUGAGUUCGAAGUGCAAUUGGUCACUAUUAUAUUGUGUAUUGUAUAGAUUGGUUUUCCUUAUGGUAGCUAUGAAACUCAUGACAAUUAUGUUCCAUUCCUGUUUUUUUUUUUCAUUUUUUAUUAUUAAUUUUUUUUUGCUAUUUUGUAUUUGCCGCGAGGUUAUACAUAUUCAAGUCUGAAUAUAAUGAUUUUUUUUCCUACAUACCUACAAAUUUUGUUGAUAUUUGUUUAAUUAUUUUUAGAGUUUUCCUAUUUUGUAAAUAAAAAUAUUAAAAAUGUACAUUUUAACAAUAUUAGUAUUAUAUUGAUAAUUGUUGCCAAUUUUUUGAUUAGUAAUAAAUCUUUUACAAAUA